AAGUCAAUCCUUUGCCACAUUCUUGGUAUCAUAUAAAUAUGUGUUGUGGAUCCUAUUUCUCUUAAAGCUUUGAGCUGCUCAAGCUUCUCCUGUCAUUCACAACUGAGAAAAAUAGCAAUCUUAUUCUCCCACAAAGCUUCUACUAAUUACAAUGGAAGCUUUUCGGGCUAAUUCUGAGGUCGAAUGGGGCUUAAUCAGUGGAAUGUACUUCACUGAAGAGUCUGACCUCUUGGCUCAAUGGCUCGAUAAGUAUUCGUUACCAGCCGAGCAAUAUGGAGGCUCUCAGGCAUUGCAUUCCGCAUAUCUACCGACCUAUGGAUCUGUGAGCCUAGCAGGGGUUGACGGAAGUGCAUUCUGUUCUUCCGAUACUCUCUUUCCCACUUCACAUUCUUCUUCUCCACAUGACGAAUUUCAUAACAGUGUCAGUAGCUUCCUUUUCCCUAGUUCAGGUCAUAGCAACUACUAUUUGAGUGACUCGAAUCCGAUUCUGGCCACUAGUAGUAGCUCCCUGUGCAAUGAACUUUCCAUGAGCAAUGUGAGACAAACCGGUUCUCGUCUCAUUGAAGGGGAUGAUUCACUGAACCGAGAAAUGAGUGAAGGUGAUGAGUCUCGUGGGAGCCCCCGCGAAAUGGCUUUUAUGGAGAACUCUUUGCAGCUCGAAUGGUGGUCUGAGAUUCAACCAGGGAUAUCAGCUGCGAAAGAGGAUGAUAGGGAUGAUUCAAAUGACAUUACUAGGAAAAGAUCUCGGAGCCUAGGAGAGAAAAACAUGAGAAGUGUCAGGUUAAGGAAAGACCCGACACUUGAUUUUCCAAGCAAAAUACCUGAAACUCGUCCUGGUGGGCAGAGCUCGAGUACUUGCUUCUCAGAGGAUGAUUCUAGCUCUUCUCUGGAGCUGAACAGAGGAGCUACUUCCAGUUUGAGUCCAAAUGCAACUGCAUCUCUCCAUCCUAAUGGAAAAACCAGAGCCAGCAGGGGCUCGGCGACAGAUCCGCAGUCUCUCUAUGCAAGAAAAAGAAGAGAGCGCAUAAAUGAGCGCCUCAGAAUCUUACAGAACCUUGUUCCAAAUGGAACUAAGGUUGACAUUAGCACAAUGCUUGAAGAAGCUGUUCAAUAUGUUCAGUUUCUACAGCUGCAAAUAAAGCUCUUGAGUUCUGAUGACUUGUGGAUGUAUGCACCGAUUGCGUAUAACGGAAUGGACAUUGGACUUGAUUUGAAGCUAAGUAAAUCUUGCUCACUGUAAAGUAAUGGAAGAGGUUGUUAUCGUGCAACUGAAACUCUCAUGAAAAGAAGGAAUCUCUGUCCGUCUUCUAUAAGGCAUAUCACUUAAUAACCGUGGAAGGACCAAUCUCACUUAACUGGUUCUGAGAUUCGUUGAUGGAUGAUGCGUUAGCAGUGAUUAUCUAGGGGGAUUGAAUAAAUUCAGUUCAGCCUUCUCUCCUCCAUAGAUGCCAAGUAUACGCCUCAAAAGCUAUGGGUUCCUGCUGGGAGACAGGUGAUUACCAAGGGUGAUUGAAUAAAUUCAGUUCAGCCAUUCUCCUCCAUAAAUGCCAAGUAUCCGUCUCGAAAAGCUAGGUGUUCCUGCUAGGAGACCGGUUCUAUGCCUCGUGUAAAGUUGCUAGUUGAGAAGGACGACCCAUGUAUUAUACUCCACUGGUGUAUGUUUGAUAUGCUUUAUUCUCAUCUGCAAAUGAGGAAACUUUACACUUGAAUGUGAAUAAAAUGUUCUGGUGAUCAUUCUUUACCAGCA